GAGUACUGAGUACGAUCAUGAUGUUACCCCAGGCUAGGAACCACCUCUAUGUUAAUUACUGCUCCGGAUCCAUUCAAAAAUUGUUUGGAGUUUGAGGUAUUACCCACAAUCUGAAUCAAACAUGGGUGGGAGAAUUUCCACAGAAGAGCUGCCCCGCGAUGAGGAGGCUGAAGAAAACACAAGCAGUGUGCAAGUGGAUGAACUCAUCCAAUCGAUUAAGAGUCAGCUGCUGGUAUUGCCGAAAUUGACCACCGAAUCGGCCAGUUGCAGCAUUUUCCGGGCACCCCAGGUCUUCACCGAUUCCGAUGUCAACGACAGGUCGUUUCAACCUCGCACGGUGCCAGUGGAUAUAGAAGAAACCAUCCAACCCAUUCAAGCGGAAGUCGAUGCAGACAAACUCAUGCAAUUGAUGCAAAGUAAGCUGCCGGAAUCGGCUAAAGACAUCAGCAAAUCCGCCGGCAGAGACAAUUGCUGCAUUUUCCGGGUACCCCAGGGUUUCACCGAUUCCCAAGUCAACUGCGGGUCGUAUCAUCCCCGCAGGGUCUCAAUCGGUCCAUACCACCGUGGGAAGCCGCAUCUGAAGGCGAUUGAGGAGCACAAGUGGAGGUUCUUGGCAAGAGUGAUAAAGAGGACGAGCGAGGGAAAAGGCGUGGGUUUGAAGGACUACGUGGAAGUUGUCAAAAGAUUGGAAGCAGACGCCAGAGAAUCGUAUUCUGAGGAUACAAGUAUAACUAAUCUGAAAGGCUAUGAGUUUGUAGAGAUGUUGGUUCUUGAUGGCUGCUUUGUGAUUGAAAUGUUUCGGGCAUUCAGCAAUGUGGUUCCCUUCGAGAAAGACGAUCCGUUUUCGUCAAUGCAAUUUCUCCGUGACGACUUUCUCUGCCUCGAGAACCAAAUACCCUAUAUCGUGCUCCAGACAUUGUUCACACUUACUGAAAUGGAGAGCGAUAGGUUGCCCAGCGGGAGCUACCCUACUCUGUUUGUCACGGCCCUCUACUUCUUCAGAAUUUCUGAUGACUUCAGAAGAGACCCGGAGGUGAUGGGUGAAGUGCUACAUCUUCUUGAUUUAGUCCGGAAAACUUAUUUUCCCGACAGGCAGAGGGUACCGGGAUCUGAGUCUGGCACCAAGAAGCCUCCAAAUUCAUCAGACGGGCCUGCCAACAUCCAGUGCAUCUCGAAGCUGCGCAGAGCAGGAAUCAAGCUGAAGGCGGACUAUAAUAUGAGAGGCACCCUGUGGGUGAGAUUCAAGCGGGGAGUGAUCUGGAUGCCGGAGCUGAAAGACACGAUGCGCGCGUUCUUGCUGAAUUGUGUGGCGUUCGAGCAGAGCCACAUGGUGAAAGACAAGCUGGUGUCGGCGUACGUUGUGUUUCUGGACAGUCUCAUAGACACAACGGAAGACGUGGAUAUUCUGUGUGAGGCCAAGGUAUUGAACAUUUAUUUAGCAACGCAACGUGAGGUGGCCACCUUUGUGGACAACCUCGGGAAGGCAGCGGCGGUCGAUUUUGAUAUCAGAAAAAGCUACUUGAAAGAGGUGUAUGCCGACAUUAACAAACACUUACACAAUUCUUGUAACAUUUAUUUGGCGGAGGUCAAGGCCAAAUACUUCAGCUCCCCUUGGACCGCCAUGUCUCUCUUCGCUGCCUUUUAUCUCCUCGUUCUCGCCACCGCCCAGACCGUUUUCGGCAUUUUGGAGUAUAAAAAAGGUUAGAGCAAAUUCCUAGAAAUUUAUUUGGUCUUUGGGUAUUGCUGGGUAUUUAUUUGUGCCGGUGGCACAAAAAUAAAGGUGCGUUCGGCAAUUGACUAUUGAUUGUUAGCGAUUGUCUAAUUGUGUUGUCUGAUUGAUUGAUGAUAUGAGUUUCUCUUGAUUGUUUCAAUUAGUUCAUAUGAUUAGCAAUUCGUUAAAAUGUGUUUGAUUAAAUAACUGUUUACAAUCACUUGAUAAUUUGUUAAAUGACUGUUAAGAACAUCGAUUAUUGCUGAUCACAUGAAGCACUAGGAGGAUGAAUUGUAUGUCGUGGUUACAUCCUAAACAACUUGUCUGAAG